AUGUCGCUUCAUCAGUCGUUAGCUGCUACAUUGCUGCUUCUUGAAAUCGCUGUGGUUUACGCAGUGGGUCUUGCAAUCUACAGGGUUUACUUUCACCCCCUCCGCAAAAUUCCCGGGCCAAAACAUUAUGCCGUAUCUGGACUUCCUUUGGCCAUCGAGAACUCGUUCAGAGGUCUUUUUACCAAGAAGGUUCUCCGCUUUCAUGAGAAGUACGGCGACAUUGUUCGUACCGGGCCGAACCAUGUUUCAAUGAACGGAACCAUUGGAUGGCCUGAAGUUUUCGGGCAUAGUCGCGGCGGGCGACCCGAGUUUUCCCAUUGGCAUGACUUCUACCAGAUUGGAGACAAGUCGAACCAGUCUCUUUUCCCUGCCGAUAGAGAGAGCCACCGACGCCAACGCCGUCUCCUGGCACAUGCCUUCUCUGAUGCUGCCAUCAAGGAGCAGGAAGCGUUGAUCAAGCAGUAUGUUGACAAGCUUUUUGUGCAGUUACGCAUAGAGGCCGCAAAAAAAGAACCGGUUGAUAUGCUCAAGUGGUACAACUUCACGACUUUCGACAUCAUUGGAGACCUAGUCUUUGGGGAACCAUUCCAUUGUCUGGAUAACAGUGAUUAUCAUCCAUGGAUUGCCAUGAUUUUCGCGGGCAUCCGAGCUGGCUCUGGCAUGAUUGCUCUACUGAAGAUGCCUUUGCUUCGUUGGGCUCUUCGACUACUGGUAUCCAAAGAAGACAUUCAAAGGCGAAAUGAACACAAGGCGAUGAGUAAAGUGAAAACUGAGCGGAGAAUAGCACUUGGCCCAACACCAAAUGGCCGGAAAGACAUUAUGACGUACAUCCUUCGCCACAACGAUGAGAAGGGCAUGAGUCAUGAGGAAAUCUUAGGCAAUUCGGAUGCUUUGAUUAUAGCUGGUAGCGAGACCACGGCGACUGCACUCUCCGGCCUGACCUACUGGAUCACGACAAACCCGCAAGCUUUGAAGAAUGUUCAGGAAGAGGUCAGAGCAGCUUUCAGUACCGAGGAGGAGAUCACCAUGGUAUCUACUGGGCAGCUCAAAUAUCUGAAUGCCUGUCUCGAGGAGGCUAUGCGGAUGUAUCCACCAGUUGUAGAGACGCCCCCACGUAUUUCUCCGGGUGAAUACGUCAACGGCCACUACAUUGCUCAGGGUACUUUCAUUACAAUCCACCAAUGGGCCGUUCACCACAACCCCAACAACUUCGCUCAGCCAGAUACCUUCAAGCCUGAGCGAUGGCUAAGCCCCGAUCAUCCUUUGUACGACCCGCAGUUCAGCGCAGAUAAGAAGGGAGCUUUCCAACCCUUCUCCUUUGGCCCACGAAACUGCAUCGGCAAGAACCUUGCAUACGCUGAGCUUCGACUCAUCGCUUCUCGGUUCUUCUGGAACUUCGACAUCGCGCUGCACCCCGAAAGCAAUAACUGGCCAGAUAAGCAGAGAGUGUUUACGUUGUGGGAGAAGGUCCCAUUGAUGGUACAGCUGAAGCAAGUUGAAAGAAGUUAG